AUGAUGGAGGCCCUCUCCCCGCGCACAACAAACCAAAUGAUCAAACCUAAACUGGCCAUGGAUCGCAAAGCUUAUGAGAAGAACCUUGCGCCUCCAAGCAACCAGCAACAAGAGAAGCUCUCCACAUCCAAAAGUUACGCCGACCCACCGCCGUCAAUAGUUUCAGAACCGGGAGAUGGGGAGCGAUACUCAAUAGGCGGAUUCCUGGGGAAAGGCGGCUUUGCUGUGUGCUAUGAGGGUACAUUGGCCCGCAAUGGGCGAGUGUAUGCUAUGAAAGUCGUUAAGUCACAAAUGUCACAAAAGAAGAUGGAGGAGAAGUUCCGAACCGAACUUCAAAUCCACUCGAAAAUGCGCCAUCCAUUUAUUGUUCAGUUCUAUCGCGCGUUCGCCUUCGAAACUAGCACAUACGUCGUCCUGGAGUUAUGUCCGAAUGGCUCGGUGAUGGAUAUGUUCCGGAAACGACGAUGUCUGAGCUUGCCAGAAGUACGCCGGUUUAUGAUUCAGCUCUGCUCGGCCGUGAAAUACCUACACAAACGCUUUGUCGCUCACCGCGACUUGAAGAUGGGGAAUUUAUUCCUCGAUCACAAUAUGAACAUCAAGGUCGGGGAUUUCGGGCUGGCAGCUAUGAUUCUUUCAGAUAAAGAUGCCAAGAGACGGAAUACGCUGUGUGGAACGCCCAACUAUAUCGCCCCAGAAGUUCUGGAUAAGAGCAAGGGUGGCCACACACAGAAGGUUGACAUUUGGUCUCUAGGUGUGAUAUGCUUUGCCAUGCUCGCCGGCUACCUACCAUUUCAGUCAAAAACGCAAGAGGAGGUGUAUAGAAAAGUGCAGAACUUGAAUUACGUAUGGCCCAAGGAAUCGGAUUCCACCAACUACAUCCCCGAGGAAGCAAAAGAUUUGGUCAGUCGUUGCUUGAAUCUCGUCGACGAAGAACGGCCAGACCCAGACGACAUUGUCGAACAUCCAUUCUUCAACAUGUACGAUGGUUGCAUUCCUCGCCAAUUGGAUCCAUCAUGUCGAUUCAACAAGCCGCUCUGGCUCAAAGAUGCGUCGCCUCGGGGUGAUUGUGUGGUCAGCGGGUACGGCUUGGACUCGGAUGAGAAGCUUCGCGCCUAUGUGUAUCAAGUGGACGAUCCUUCUCAGCGCUAUCACUCCUGCAAGGCUGCCUUUUACUCACUUUGUGGCGUGGGACGCAAGCCUGAUGGUACGGCGCGCAAAUCCGUUGGCAAGAACUGCUCCAAGUCCGCAUUUUCUGAGUGUGAUGUGGAGGACUCCAGAGGUCUGCGGCCGAUGAUACCCCUGGAGCCGGAUUAUGUUUACCAAUGGCCUCAUGACCCUGAGGGUGAUUGGUGUCUUUUGGAAACUUCCCGCAAGGUCAUCCGCUCUGAUGAGUCGAUGCUUAACAGCAGCACUAUGUCUCAGCGAAGUCUAUCGGUUCGUCCUAACCCUAUCGCAGCAUCACGCACCAAUGCCGCGCUUGCAGCUGCUCAACAGCGCCGACUGGAGGGCCAAAACCACGCAGCGACCCUACGUCAACAGGCCCGAGUACCUCCUGUCUCUCCCCGGAGAGCACCUGGGAUUAGCGAUCCCCCUGCUUUAUCUUCUAGGCCGUACCGAGAUGUCCCACAAGCGCCCGCGAGGCCCCCGCCGGUUACAGACGUACCGUCGGGAGGCCUCGCGGAACGUCCCAUCCGGACACGGAGGAUGGCAUCCGCUUCUCAAGCCACCACCCUUCACAACAAGGACAAGGAAACCGUUCCCCAAUUAGCCAAGUCCACAAGCAUGCCAUCUGGCUUGACUGUAGGCAAAACACGCUCUCAGUCUCGCAGAUUGGCAGCCGCUGACCAGGGAUUGCUACAGCCUUUUGUCGCACCGAACGAACGGCGGCCGUCUACUAGACCGGAGCAGGAUGUGCCCAGCCGGCAGAUAUCCCUAAGGUCGUCUAAAGCAGACCUCAAAGCAGGCAUUGCACGAGGCGAACGACGGAGGGACAGCCCCAUUGAAGAAACAGCUCCGUCUUCACUAGCACAGUCGAAGAUUGCUGAAUCUAACGGACUCGGUCGAUCCAACUCCAACGGUGUUGCUCGGAGUAACAGCAAGACCACUGGUAGAGCACGUUCAAGUCUGGGGCUCAGUCCUAUGUUCCACUCGGACGAUGAUUGUAGACUGUUGCCACGGACUUCUCUCGCCGAGGUCAAUACAGACUUGCGUCUCAUGUUGUCUAACCUAGUUAACCACGCUCCAAGCCGGCGAAGAGGCGGAGUGCGCAAACAGCCCCAUGCCUACGUCAUCAAAUGGGUUGAUUACACCAACCGUUAUGGAAUCGGGUAUGUCCUGGAUGAUGGCAGUGUUGGAUGUGUGUUCAAAGGCGAAAAUGGGCAGCCUGCGACGAGUGUUGUGGUACGCGAUGGUGAAAGACACAUCCGCCGGAAAGCGCGCAGCGUCGACGACGGCAAACAGCAACCGAUCUACUACUCCGAGGCCAACCAACUAGUUCCCCGGACUGGACCCCCGGUAGAGUUCUAUGAGAAUAGAGACGACGAUCUGCUAGGGUGCCGGGGCAUCCGCCGCGCGUUGAUUUCCCCCUCACUGUUCGACGCGAGAAGUUCAAAGGCGUUGAAGAUUCGUAGCACCUCCGGAAACGAUCUUGAACGAGCCGAUGCGGAAAAGAUCAAGCGGAUGAAGCUUGUAGAUCAAUUUGGCAAAUACAUGAUCGGAGCGCUUGGACGACAUGGCGACGAAGGCAUCAUGGAUGAAGACUUGCCCCAGCACAACAGUGCCCAGUUUGUCAAGUUCUACCAGCGUCUAGGCAACGUUGGUAUCUGGGGCUUCGGAGACGGAGCCUUCCAGUUCAACUUCCCCGACCAUACCAAGCUGGUGAUCUCACCCGGCCGCACUCGCAGCUCCUCUCCCUGGAUCGACUUCUACCAUCUCUCAUCCUCUGCGGCUCGCUUCUUCGCCGCCAAAGGCAAAAUGCACCCAGCAGGGUUUGACACCCGCGCCGUGGCUUCUGACGAGGCAGCCACGUUCCUGAGUAUCGCGAACGGCGAUUCAGUCAAUUCCACCGAAGACCGUAUUCGGGAUAUCCUCGAUGCCAACGCGUUUAUUCAGAAAAUCGCCUUUAUCAAGGAUACCCUCAAAGUCUGGAUCAAGUUCGGCCGGCUUGGGGGUCGUCCGUCUUCAACCGAUUCUACCGAAUCCAUGCCGGACGAGGCCUUUUGGCAAGGAACACAGGAGCGCUCGCACCCAGACAGCCCGGGAACCAAGUUCGUCUGGGUUACUGUCGGGGCACCGGAUGGCGAUGGAAACUAUCGGUCUGUGGUGGUUAAGGAUAGUGAUCGGGUCCGGGAAAAGCGCGCGAUGGGUCAUGACCAAGAAAUGGAUCUACUCAAAGACCGACUGCGUGCGCUUGGUCGUUGA